CCUUCUCUCUUUCUCUCUCUACUUCCCCCUUCUGCUCCAACGAAGAAGAAAGGCGAAGACGAAGGAGAAGAGGAAGAAGAAGAAGCUGCCGAAGGUCGGGCGCGGACAUGGUGGAGUUCGGAGACGAGCUCGUGCUGGAGAGCUUGAGGAUACCGUGGCUCAUAUGGAUCCAGCUCCUCGUCAUGCUCCUCCUCCUCCUCCUCCUCUACUCCUUCACCUCCUCAAACGCCGACUCCUCCUCCGCCGCCGCCGCCGCCGCCGCCGCCGCUCCCUCCUCCUCCUCCUCCUCGCCGUCUCCGCCCUCGCCGCAGCCGCCGCCUCCUCUGGAAUCGCGCGGAUCUCGGUCCCGCAAGCAGCAGUUCCUCGCCGCCCACGGCGGCGCUCACCAGUUGCAGGUCGGAGAAAGCCAGAGCGUCAAAGGCUUCAUCGCGACGAGUGCGAGCAGAGGAGUAGCCGGUGAAGAAGAUACGAUGGAAGGAGAGAACUCGAGUCCCAGCUACAUGGAUCACCACCCUUGCUCCAUAGUUAGGCUAGCGAGGAUAGCGUUCCUCAAGUGCUUUGGAUUAGAUUUCACAUCAGAGGAUUCUUCCUUUAAAAGACACAGAAGAUGAUGUUGCAUCGGUGGUUGAUUUUUGAUGUCUUAACUCAUUAUUCGGGACCAUUAGACCAUCGCCAACCGCGUGUACAUGAGGUCGUAGAUGUGUAAUCUUCACGAAAUUAGUUGUGAAAUCAGUUUUUACCUGAUCAAUUGAGACUGUAUAUAAGAUAAAAUGCAUUGACUAAA